UCGCCCCAGUGAUGGACUAACACCCACUUCCGGCACCACUUUAGUCAAAAUAAUCAAAAAUAUUUGUAUUAUUCAGUCCAAUAUUUUAUUUUCCCCCAAUCAAAGUAAAAUCACUGGGACAAACAGAAGAACAAGAAGAAGAGAAGAAGAUGUCGGAGGUGGAGGGCGAAUGGAGGACUUUCAUUGGCCAGCGGAGGGUAUCCGCAGACUGUCAUUGGCUGGAAGCCUCUGGGUCCUCUGGAGACGCCUAUUAGUUCAGUUUGAUGGAGAUAACUCGGAGUGCUAAAUACGCCGAGUUUUCCGCAUUUAAUUCAUGUGUCCCGAGUAAUUAAUUGUUGUUUUUGGUCCCCUUGUGUGUUGAAAGAAGUCAUCCUUCGUCAUGCCGAGAAUUAUGAUAAAAGGGGGUGUUUGGAGGAACACGGAGGAUGAGAUUCUCAAAGCCGCGGUGAUGAAAUACGGUAAGAACCAGUGGAGUAGAAUAGCCUCACUCUUGCACCGAAAGUCGGCGAAGCAGUGCAAAGCCCGUUGGUUCGAGUGGCUGGACCCCAGCAUAAAGAAGACGGAAUGGAGUCGCGAGGAGGACGAGAAGCUGUUGCACCUGGCGAAGCUGAUGCCGACGCAGUGGCGAACGAUCGCCCCGAUAAUCGGUCGAACCGCCGCCCAAUGUCUGGAGCGGUACGAGUGUCUCCUGGACCAGGCGCAGAAGAAGGAGGAGGGCGAGGACGGCUCGGACGACCCCCGGAAGCUGAAGCCGGGGGAGAUCGACCCGAACCCAGAGACAAAACCCGCGCGCCCAGACCCCAAGGACAUGGACGAGGACGAGCUGGAGAUGCUGUCAGAGGCGCGCGCCAGGCUGGCCAACACCCAGGGGAAGAAAGCGAAGCGAAAGGCCAGGGAGAAGCAGCUGGAGGAGGCCCGGAGGCUGGCCGCCCUCCAGAAGAGGCGGGAGCUGAGGGCCGCGGGCAUCACUGUCAAUCAGAAGAACAAACGGAAACGGGGGGUCAACUACAACACGGAAAUUCCGUUUGAGAAACGCCCGGCUACCGGGUUCUACGACACCAGUGCUGAGCACAUCGACCCUCUGGCUGCGGACUUCUCGAGGAUGAGGCAGCAGCAUCUGGACGGCGAGCUCAGGGCCGACAAGGAGGAGCAGGACAGGAAGAAGGACAAGCAGAAACUCAAGCAGAGGAAGGAGAACGACAUCCCCAUGGGGAUGCUCAAUAAUGAGGAGCCUGUGAAGAAGAGGAGCAAACUCGUGCUCCCUGAACCACAGAUUUCCGAUCAGGAGCUGCAGCAGGUCGUCAAACUGGGUCGUGCCUCAGAGGUGGCUAGAGAAGUAGCCACCGAGAGUGGAAUAACCCUCUCGGACAGUCUCCUCGCGGACUACUCCCUCACUCCAAAUGCAGCAGUGACCCCUCGCACCCCAGCCGUUACCGACCGAGUCCUCCAGGAGGCCCAGAAUGUCAUGGCCCUCACCCACGUUGACACCCCCCUGAAAGGAGGCCUCAACACUCCCCUCCACAACGUCGACUUCAGCAGUGUCGUCCCCUCAUCCACUGCCAUCACCACCCCCAAUACAGUCCUCGCGACUCCCUUCAGGUCCACCAGGAGUGACGGUACCCCCCUGAACUCUAGCUUCAACACGCCAGUCUCAGCGAGAACGCAGAAUGGCAUUCUGGCGCCAACACCAGUAAGAGACAAAUUGAACAUCAAUCCAGACUCUGCUCUCGAUGGCUCCGAGACUCCAGCCCUGCAAAAACAGACGAAGGAGCAGUUGAAGCUGGGUCUGAGUGCCCUCCCAGCGCCAAAGAACGACUUUCAGAUCGUUAUUCCUGAGAACGAGUCCCAGGAGGAUGGGGCGAGCAACCAGAUGGAUCUCGGGGUGGAGGACCAGGCGGACGUUGACGCCAGGAAGCAGCAGGAGUUGUUGGAGCAGAGAGCGAGGGAAAUAGCGAAGAGAUCGCAGGUGAUCCAGCGAGGCCUCCCCAGACCCACAGAAGUUAAUUUGAAUAUUCUCAAGCCUGUGGACGUCAGUCUCAAGAACUUGAAGCCAGCCAAGGACUCGGGGCUGACGGACCAGCAGAUCGCCGAGGAGUUGAUCAAGAGGGAGAUGUUGACUAUGCUGCAGUACGAUGCUGUCCAGAAUCCCACGAUAGCAAAUUCAAAACGUGGAAAUGCUCUCGUUUCGUUGGCUCAGAAUUACCUGGAUCAGCAUCCUUACGAGGAUUUUGAGAAGGAUGACCUCGAGGGGGCGAGGAGCCUCAUUUCCGACGAGAUGGAGGUCGUGAAGAAGGGGAUGGGCCAUGGGGAGUUGAGCCUGGAGGCGUAUACGACUGUGUGGGAGGAGUGCUCCUCGCAGAUUCUGUUUCUGGAGGGGCAGAAGAAGUUCACGAGGGCGAAUGUCGCCUCGAAGAAGGAGAAGAUCGAGGCUGCCGAGAGGAUUUUGGAGGAGAACAGGGGGCACAUGACUGGGGCGGCCAAACAUGCUGCGAAGAAGGAGAAGAAACUCAAGAUUAUGACUGGGGGGUAUCAGACGAGGGAUCAGGUCCUCACGAAACAGCUGCAUGACACUUAUGAGCAGAUUGAACAGGAACAGCUGCAGCUCUCGACUUUUAAGUUUCUUGAGAAGCAGGAGAAGGUGGCACUCGAGAGGAGGCAGAAUGCUUUGACUGAGGAUGUCAACAGGCAGAUUGAGAGGGAGAGGAGUCUGCAGCAGAGGUAUGCAGAGCUGAUGGAACAGCUGCAGCAGGCGAGGGUCGGCGAGGAUUGAGUUGUUGUGUAAUUUAUGGAAUUAAUUCAUUUGAUUGUACUGGGAGAUGAGGGGGAAUCGUUUUUUAUUGUGAUGGAUGAUAAAUAUAGAGGUUCAAGAUUA